UUUUGAUCCUAGAAAACUUUGUGCCCGAUGGCCUCGGUAAGUGUAUUGGACUCAGCUUUUCGCCAAGUUGCAAUUACAUCCUUUGAUCAUUGUCAUUUUUGUGGUUUUCAGACAAGUUCGAACGUCGAAAAUCUUCAUCCCCAAAUCAUCAAGCAAGUUUCCAAAGAACUAACCAGUUUAACAAACGAUCCUCCAGAAGGGAUUAAGGUUUUUGUCAACGAACAGGAUAUAACAGACAUUCAAGCAACGAUAGAAGGACCUGGUAUGGUUUUUUCGUGACGUUUUUGCUUUUGAAAUCUACGUAUUUUCUCUCUUAAUAGAGGUGCAAUGGUGUAUAAACUUACCCUGCGACGGCGGCUAUGCAUUUACACCAGAAAAGCUUUGUAUUCUCUUGAUUGAUCGCCACCCCCGUUUAAAAAGUCAGCUCUUAUGUUUUCCGUGUCUCUUUUUUAGCCGGUACACCGUAUGAAGGAGGACUUUUCCGUGUGAAACUCGUUUUGGGAAAAGAUUAUCCAACUGCUCCUCCAAAAGGUGAACUUAAGUUUGUACUUAUAAAGAUCAAUAAAUGCUUUUGAGCUUAGUAAAUUUACGUUUUGAAGUAGAUCUGUUUUGCAUGUCAGUUUAACAUAGCGUGCACUGCGUGUAACAGUUACAUGUACAUGCAGUCACAUUUUGUAUUGGUUGUAGUUUGUUGGUUGUCAGAUCAUGAAUCAGCAUUCAAGUCUUUCAUUUAAGAAUAUCCCAUACAUUUCAUUUUAUUAACCACAGUUUCUACUAUUAAGCAUUAAGUAUAUGAGCUUACAUGCAUUGUUGGAUGAAAAAUUCACUUAUCAUGUGUAGUAAGUAAUUCUUUAGUUAACCAUAGUUUGUUUUGUAGAACCAGUUUUUGGCCUUAACAAUCUCUAAAAAUUUAAGACUUCUGUUGGCUUUGCUACAUUAUUUUGUGAAAACUCUCCUUUCCAGGUUUUUUCUUGACUAAAAUAUUCCACCCAAAUGUGGCCAGUAAUGGAGAAAUCUGUGUUAAUACACUCAAAAAAGACUGGAAACAAGAUCUUGGAGUGAAACAUAUUUUACUGGUAAGUCUAUUACAAUACUACAUUGUUGUUAUAUUGGCGUUCUGAGAACUGCAGGACCUUUUUUGUUUGCGUAUCAUGCAGGCCUAUUUAUGAGGGCUUAGUCAGCUAGUUUGACUGCCAGUGCCUAAAAAAUUUUCUUUGGCAAGCAAAAAAUGGUCUUUCUUGCCAGCUUGACCAGCUAGUCACUAUGUUAUGUCUAUUAGUAAUAACACUUAGUGAGGCAACCAAAAACUAGGAACAGUCUUAUUAUGUCCCGUACCUGCAAAAAAAGUAUCAUUAAAGAAACCAGACACACUAUUUAUCAAAGAUAGCAGUGGGAAGAACAACGAGACUAGCCAGGUAUCCCUGUGGAUGGGCAGGGCAGAAUGACAUUGGUAGACGAAAGGUUCACAGAGGCCUGUCAACCUACUAAGUCCCAUCUAUGCCUGGAGAUAUUGAACUUUGGGAACUGGAAUGUGUAUAUAAUGUAUGCAAAAAAAAAAAAUAGGUAAGGCAGUGCAAGGAGAUGUGCGAAUACAACAUCGACAUACUAGGAAUACAUGAGUGUAGAUGGACUGGUUCUUGGGUUUGAAAAAAGUCGCAUCUGUUAGUCCAGGACAAGUAGAUUUUCUUGCUGGGUAAGUAAUGUUUAACCCUUUAAACCCUAAGACUUAAGAGUGAUCAGUACCAAAUUUCUCCUUGUAAUAUCAAUGCUUUAUAAAACAGCGUGGUCAUGAGAAUUAUGGACAUGAUCACACAUGAUGAAUUUGCUUGAUAUUUUAUCAACUUCUACCUACUACUUCUUAGGGUUUAAAGGGUUAAAGCUUACUUGGCCGAUGGGCAAGGCUCCAGGCAAGUUAUUCUCUAACAAAAUCAUUUAUUAAGACAAGCCAGAAGUGGCUCCAAACACACAAAGUGUGGGACCACCUUGAAUUCAAUAUUUUUCAAGCCCUGGAGAAAUGGUUAUGUUCUCAGGCAGAGAUCCAUGGUAGUGGAGAUAUACAAUGAUGUCCAAACUAGCAAAGUCAUGCUGGAAUCGUUGCCAUUUGAUGAGCACAUUAAAAAAGCAUGUUUCUAUUCCAAAUACAUGAAGCUAACGUUUAUUGAAGUCUUGAGUGCCAACAAUGGAAGCUGAGGAAAACGAGAUCGAUCAUUUCUAUGAGCAGCUCCAAAAUGUCUUGGAAGCUUUUAGAAAGCAUGAUAUGCUCAUCUUAUGUGGUAAUAUGAAUCCUGCAGUUGGGGCUUCAAACCUUAACAGAUUAGGGAUAUUGGGAGCUCAUGAAACAGGCAAUAUCAGCGACAAUGACGGGAAGCUCGUUGAGUUUUGCAAGAUGAACAGCUUUGUCAUCACUGUUACCAUAUUCCCUCACAAGGAGAUGCUCAAGACCAAAAAAAAUGAUGGACAUUCCCCUAUGGCAGAUAUCACAAUCAGAUUGAUCAUUUUCUCAUUGACAAGUUCUCCAGGAAGUCUGUCUCAUUCUGUGAUACCAGGGUUGUGUGGGGUGUAUAUGGAUGCCUAUGAUCAGCAUCCUGUGUGAACCACUAUAAAUCUCAAGUUAAAGAGGACAAACCAGCCACCCAACUCCAGAACCAGAAUUGAGGAGAGAGAGCUGCAAAACCAAGCAGUCAGGAAUGUUUGUUCUGUCAUGCUAGGAAAUGAAUUUGCAGUCCUUAAGGUGACAGAUGAAAAUGCAAGCUAUUAGUGCACAAUGGAAUUAUUUCAGCUAGGCAUUCAGCAGCACCGCUGAAAACGUCCUUGGUAGGAAGAAGAGGAACUCCAAACCAUGGAUAUUUCCCGGUCGAUCUUGGUCAACUGUCAAGGAAAGGAAAAAAAAAUGAAGAGCAAGAUAGCUAUAUAAUGCAAGAUCAAUGAGAAUCCAUCAACAACUUAGCCAGAGGGUGUAGUGAAAAGCAAAGACAAGGAUGUGAAAUCAAGGUUAAGGACUAAUUGGAGGGUUUAGUUGGAAAAUCACGGACAAAUUGCAGCUGAGAGCAGAAACAUGAACAGGGUUGCCACGGUCAGGGAAAAGUCAGGGAAAACUGACAAUUUUUUAAGGUCAGGGAAAAUCUUUGAUAUUGUCAAAGUCAGUGAAAAGUCAGGGAAUUCUGUUUUCCGGUUUACAGUUCAUAAGUUUUCUUUCGGAAAAACUUUGAAAUGCAAAGCGAUAAAAUUUUUGACACUCUAUGUCUUCGUAGUAGUUGUGGUCAGUGGUUUUGUUGUGAAAAAACGAAAAAUAUGCCUGCAAAUAAACAUGGAUUGUUUCUCAUUACAAGAAAAAACUGUUUAAAUUGAAAACAGGAAAUUUUUAACUUUCUAUGUCUGAUGAAGACACAGACCACUAUAUAGUGAACAGCCACUAGAACAGUGGAGGUGCUGAACAGUGUUCCACCAAAGAACCCCACCUUGAUCGACUUCUACCAAAUGCAGUAGAUUGAUCUAGUAUCAGCAUAGAACCCAUCAGUCUGAAGGAAUUCCAGGGAGCAACGCUCUCUCUUAGAAAUGCAAAUCGGAUAAUGAGGUUAAUAUAUUGGCCCAGCUUUGAAAGACGGAUCUGGAUGUGUCAUCGCACAAGUUACAGUGUAGACAGCAUCAUCAAGUAAAAAGAUAAAGGAAAAACAACCACAUUUUACGUUGACAACUUGUGACAGUGUAAUAGCUGAUAAACUUCUCCAUCAAUGCUCUGUUUUAAGGGUAUUUAAAGCUAGUCAAAGCUACACAGAAAGGAGAGAAGUUGAAACAAAGGUGUGAUGUCACCAUGGAUCAAACUCGAGACCUUGUGUACCGAAGGCCGCACUAACCAACUGCACUACCCUUGCUCAAUAUUUUUGGAAGGAGGAGGUGGUCCUGAGUCAAGCAACUAUAAUGACUGAGAAUGUCAAUACCUGAAUGAGGUGGAAGUUAAUGGAGCCGCUAGAAGAUCUUGAUUUUGGAUAUGUUAUUACUCUCAUCUCCACUAAAGCUACACAGCAAAUGCAGAGAAAACCACAAACUUAAAGACACAGCAUCAAGGAUUGGCUAAAAAAUCGGCAGAAAGAAGAUGGCAGUCCUUAAUAAGGUCAAUUGCAGAGGAAGAGCUGGUUGACCGAUGAUAAGGUGAUAAAGGAGGUUGGUGACUUUGUUUACUUGGGUGCAAUAUUCAGUAAUAAGGGAGGAGCAAACAAGGAUAUGCAGAACUGACUGGCGAAAGCAAAGUCCUCAUUUGGCAGGCAUCUGAAGUUCCAAACGGUACUACAGUAAGAUUUAGAUGUACAACACACUAGUAAAACCAGUCUUACUCUACGGUAGCAAGACAUGGAAGAUCAAUAUCAAUGACAAUUAAAGUUGGACUUGUUCUAUCACAAGUGCCUUGAGAGGAUUUUGGGUAUCUACUGGCAGUAUGUGUUGUCCAUUGAUGGGCUAAACAAAUUAUGCAGAUGUGAAAGGAUCAGCUGAAGAAGAGAUGCUUCAAAUGGUUUGGACAUGUCCUGUGUAUGUGGACAGGACAUCACCGUGUCAAGGCACUUUCUUGGACUCCUGAUAAAAGGCAAAAAGUUUUUUUAGAUGCCCUAGGAUAAUGUGGGGCAAAAAUGGAGAGAGUAAUGGCAGGAUAGUGGUUGUGGGACCAAGCAAGAACUUGUGCCAGGGAUGGGCUAGUUUGGGAAGGCGGUGGGGGGAAGUGUGGAGGCCUUAUGUGCAGCAGAGUACAAAGAGGCAAGAUCAGGUGAUUGUUCGAAAUCACACCAUUGUGUAAAAUCUGAAAUACUGUAUUGCUGAUGUCAAUCAGCAUAGCCUCUAAAAUGUGUAAAGGUAAACUAAUUAUGUGAAAUUAAGUAUGUGUAAGUGGACUGGGAGAGUGAGUUUUAACCAGCAUAGGAUGACUUGGGCCUGCAUUAGUUGUACAUGGAUACACGUAAAGUCAUAUGCAUAUUUCUUUCUUCCUUUUUUUUGUGCAAUGAGCCUCACAUUAAAUUUUGCAAACAGGACAAUGGUGAUCUGAAGAUCAGCCAUAAAAUUGUUUCUGGGCCAGUGAAUAAUUAAGUAGAUCACCUACUAAUCUGCCAGUGGCCAUAAAGACAAAAGGAGAUUGUGAGCAUUUUUCAUAGACUGUAUUAUGCUUUCAUAAGCUGGUAGUGAUCACCAAGUCAUUCUCUGUUGUCCUUGGCCUUUGUCCCCUGCACAUAAUUCAUAACUAAUCUACCGUUACUGAACGACAUUUCUUAUAAUUGGCCUAUCAAUUAUUUCCCAAGUUAUCUUCACUGGUCCCUAAUCAUUAUCUUCGUUUCUAGUCAAAAGCCUGGGGAUGCCUGAUGGCAAGUGAGAAUCAACUAACUUUUGUGCGUUUCUUUGUGAUGAUUUGGAUCAAGGUUCAUGAAAGGAACCGAUAAAUCCACUCUGGGCAAAGAUUCAUCAGUUCCUUUGAUGAACCAUGAUCAGAGUGCUGGUCAUCAUCACUGAUCUUGAUCCUGGUUAUCCUGAAGGAAUACACCCAGAGAGUGUGAAUGGUGCAAGUAUCUUAAAAAUCAUCACUCAGAACUAAAUUUUACUUGUUAUUUCAUAUUCUAAAAGGCUUAGGAUGUCUCCCUUGUUGUUUACAUUACCCUGAUACGACCUUCCCAUUAUUAUGACCAGGUUUUUGUAGCCCAAUGUUGAUUGUAUUAAUGGGGUUCCACUAUAACAGACUAUAGCAAAUUCUAAGAUGUAGUGAAUGCCCUAAUUCUAUGCCAGUUUUUGUAACAUGGUGUGAAAACCCAGCUUUAAAGCUCUGCCUUUUAUUUUUUCCUACAGACUGUCAAAUGCCUUUUAAUAGUCCCAAAUCCUGAGUCAGCUUUAAACGAGGAAGCUGGCAAGCUCUUACUAGAGAAGUAUGACGACUACUCAAAACGAGCACAGUUGUUUACUGAUAUUCACGCAAAGAUCAAGUUAAAAGCGGAAAGCUCAGAGAAGGGAGAUGGAGUAGAAGUGAUGAUGCAAGGGAUCAAAAGAGCCAGUGACAAAGCCCUGGAUAAGAAGAAAAAAGAGAAAAAGAGGGCACUGAAAAGACUUUAACAGAUGCUAAAAGCUACUAUGAAAAUUGCAAACUGAAUUUAUCUAGGUUGUCUACUGUACAGUGUAAAUAAAUGUCAAAGCUGUGUCCUUAUAAUCAAUAUGCAAGGAAAUUAUGCCAUAUUGAUGUUAAAGUGACUUGGACUGUUGGACAUAGCCUGUGCAGUCAUUUCCUUUCCAGUGCACCUUAAGUGCAAGAAAGAAGAAAAAGUGGGAAUUUUACAUGGGAGGAAGAGAAGGAAACCUGUGGCAAGCCCAGACAUUUUGAAAAACGCCAAGCAUUGCGAUUGAUCACUUACUAUAUGCAUUGUAAAUUUAUUGUGGUCUAUAAAAAGUAUAAUUUCCUACAUAACAUCUAGUUUGUCUGGACAAUUUUUAGCAGAAAGAACAGGGUGGUUGCAAGUCUUUUUCUCC